AAAUCGCGAGCGCCGAGCAGCCAUAAGUGCGCGUCGCCAUCUUGGAAGAGGUUACUUUUUUACUCCUUGAUCUCUUCUGAGGCAUUCUCAGCCCUUUUGCCAUGGAUAUUUAUUAAAAACCGACGACCCUACACUUUCUCGCUGUCAUAAUUGUUUGCAGGUUCAAUCGUUCGUACUCGCAAAUAGUUUUUCAAUAGCAAAAUGUCGCUGUUCAACAAGCCCAAACGAAACAUCCGCCGUCGACACUUCAACGACGAGGAAGAGGACAACGAAAACAGAUCAAUGGAAACCGAGGACAUGCAGAUCCUUAAAAACAAAGUUAAGAAGAAGGAUAAGCCUAAACAGACUCUCCUCAGCUUUGGGGACGACCUAGACGAAGCUGAUGAGGGUGAGGUUUUUAAAGUGAAGAAAUCGUCCAGAAGCAGGAGGCUGAUGAAACAACUCGAUCAGGAGAGGAAGAAAAAGAAAGGUGAAGAGAAAAUGCAAGUGGAUUCUGACUCAACGAACAUGUCUAAUAUGCAGGAAAAAGAUUUAGAAAUAAAAACAGAUGAUCUAGUAGUUAAAAUAAAAAAUACUGGUCCAAUGAUUUUAAAUGGUCGAGAUGCCCUUACAGCUGGUAAGAAUGAUUACAGUUCUGAAGAUGAAGUAGACAACCAAGGACCUGUAUUUCAAAAUAAAUCGGAUCGAUCAGAAAAUAUGAAAUUUUUCCUCCAAAGUGGUUGCAUACCAGAUGCCGCGAUGAUUCAUGCAGCAAGAAAACGUAGACAAAAAGCUAGAGAACUAGGCCAUGAUUACAUUCCAGUUGAAGAGCAAAGUGAUGAAAAGGGAAAUUCUAGAUUAGUCAGAGAAGAAGAUCAUGAUAGAAGUGAUGAUGAAGAUUCUCAGGAGAGAAUAAAUAUGACUGUUGAUACAGAUGCUCUAGACAAAGAAAAACGACGACAAGCUUUUCUAGAUUCGCAAGCGCCAAUAGUAAAAGUGUCUGAUGAAGAAAGUGAACCAGAGGAAGAAGAAUGGGAAGUUCAACAAAUAAGAAAAGGUGUUACGGGAGCACAGAUUGCAGCCGCCCAUCAAGAUUCUAUGGCACAAUAUAACGCAUUAGGAAUAGGUCCCAGUCAUAUGAUGGAAUCUGGAAUUCCAAUGAUGACAUCUUCUAUCAUACCAGCAGCUCCGCCACCUCCUAUGAUACAGCCACCAGAUCCUACAAAAUGCGUGCCAGUUACUGCUGAUGAAGUAUUAAGUAAAAUGCGUGAAAGAUUGAAUAAUUUACGAGAAGUUCAUCGCCGACACGAAUUAAAUUAUGAUGCUGUGAUACAAGAAUUGCUUCAAAGUAAGAAGGAAUUAGAAGAAGGUGAAAAUCGAGCACCAGAGAUGGCUCAACGCUACAAAUAUUACCAAGAGUUGCGUGGGUAUGUCACUGACUUGGUAGAGUGUCUUAAUGAGAAGCUGCCUAUGGUUGCUGCGUUGGAGUCUCGUUGGGUAGAUCUAUACGGCGACCGAUCGACAGAACUAAUGGAAAGAAGAAGACAAGAUACAAGAGAUCAAGCAGAAGAAGUGACAAGCGCUUCAAGAGGGCCAAUUUUACGAAGAGGCCCUGAGGAUGAUGCGCGCAUGAGAAGAGCCACGGAAAGAGAAGGCAGAAGAGCACGCAGACGGAGAGCUCGAGAACUGGCUCCAGUAUUGCCCAGGCAUAUGGAUGGCAUGUCUAGUGACGACGAAGUUACCGAACAACAAAAUCUUAUUUUUCGGCAGUUUAGAGACGAAAUCGAAAAAGAAUCCCGAGAACUUUUUGCCGACGUUGAAGAAGAUUUUUGCACAGUUCGAGGAAUUUUGUCAAAACUCGAAGACUGGAGGACGACUGAUUUAGAGUCUUACAAUGACGCUUAUGUUCCUCUUUGCAUUCCAAAAAUAGUGUCUCCAAUUAUACGCCUUCAACUUAUCACAUGGAAUCCGAUUAUGGAAAGUGCUGAGCUUGAAAGAUCAAAAUGGUACAAUACCUUACUUUUAUAUGGUUUGGAUAUGAAAGAGACUGAGGAAUCACUUCGUUGCGAUCCAGACGUUCGGUUGAUUCCGUCAACAAUUGAGAAAAUAGUCGUUCCAAAAUUAACAACGAUUGUCGAGAAAAUAUGGGACCCAAUGUCAACGUCACAGACGCUGCGUCUAGUCGGUCUGAUUAAUCGUUUAAUCAGAGAUUAUCCAAAUUUAAAUGAAACUAGUAAACAGCUAGAAACUCUUUUUAAUGUCAUAUUCGAGAAAAUAAAAGCUGCUGUGGAGAAUGAUGUUUUUAUUCCAAUAUUUCCCAAACAAAUAAUGGAUACGAAGCAUCAAUUUUAUCAACGUCAAUUUGCUAUGGCAAUUAAGUUACUUCGAAAUUUGCUGAGUUGGCAGGGCCUAUUGGGCGAUCUCAAACUAAAAAAUAUCGCCUUAGGAUCGUUAUUGAAUAGAUAUCUUGUGGCUGGAUUGCGAGUUUCGCCUCCUGUCGAUGCUCUUACCAAAGCGAACAUGAUCAUGAGUACACUACCUCGAGCAUGGCUACAGGGAGAAACGAUCGAACAUUUGAAAAUGUUCGCAACGCUCAUUCGCCAACUCAGUGAACAACUUGAUCAAGCUAAUCCAGCUCACAACGAGGCAUGGGAAUACUCGAAAUCUAUCUUGAAGAUAAUCAGACCUCUGUAAAUAGCCGCGACGAAUACAACGUCGAGACUUUCAUCAAGUGACUCAAUGAUGUAAAUCAAUGGAAUUAUUUGAACGGUCGAUGCGCGGCGACAAGUGGGACUCAUCGAUCGUUAAAUUAAUUCAACGUUCAAAUUAACUAAUGUCUUCAUUUAACAGUUUUAUAACUUGUAGAUACGUCGAUUUUGAAUCUUGUACAUAAUAAAAUACGAAAAAUGCC